AAAAACUGGACUUUUAAUUGAGUGGGUAAUGCCUGUUAAAAACUCCUCCUGAAGCUAUUGUGCUCUGCAGAUUUGUAUAUCAAAGACCAUUUCCAUCCAUACGUCAACUCUGGACACCCUGAGAUGAAGCCACUGAGAAUAAAAGCAAAUAAACAAGAGGUUCUAGUAAGUUCUACGGAUGAGAUCGCUCAGAAGUACUGCCUUCUAUCCAAAGACGGUCAGUUUUUUCUACCUCCUACCAAAUCUGCUUUGGAUCACCACAGAAUAGUCAUAACAACUACUGCAAUGGCAAGACACUUCAAUGACCUGAAUCUUUCCGAUGGCUACUUCACCCACAUCCUGAUUGACGAAGCCUCCCAGAUGCUCGAAUGUGAAGCCCUAAUGCCCCUUGGUCUGGCAGGGCCAGUAACUCGGGUGGUUCUAGCUGGAGAUCACAUGCAGAUGGAACCAAAACUAUUUUCAACGGACGAUGACCAACACUCCAAUCACUCUUUGCCGAACCGCCUGUUCCACUUCUAUCAAGGCCGUGAAAGUAGUACAGCUUUGAAAAGCAGAAUAUUUUUUCACAAGAACUAUCGCAACACAAAAGAGAUUUUGAAAAGAGAAUUUGUGUCCACUCACUUCUACGUUGGCAAGUCGGAUGCCAUCAAGGCUGUUGGUAAUGUUCCAGCUCAUCCGAACAGCCACCCUUUGAGGUUUCACCAUGUCAGAGGAGAAUCCCACUUGGACACCGCAUCCAUGUCAUGGUUUGAUCUUGACGAGGUUGAAUGCGUGGUUGAAAUAGUGCAAAAUCUGCUCAGAGAUUGGCCAAUCGCAUGGGGGAAUCAUGACCAAAGCUCAAGCUGUGUUCUCUCUGAACGAUGCCAGGUUUCAAUGAUCAGAAAAGAGCUUCAGAAAAGAUUCCUUGGCCGAGUGACUGUGGAGAACAUAUCCAAUGUUCAAGGCAAACAGUUCAGAGCAAUAGUAAUGACUGCCGUUCAAACCCGUGACAGCCUUCACCCUCCUGACUCAUAUUGUGUGGAGUUUUUCUACGAUGCUCGCAUGCUGAACACAGCCAUGACUAGGGCUCAAUCCCAGGUUGUUGUGGUUGGAGAUGCUGCUGCGCUUUGCUACUUUGGGAAGUGCUCAAGAAUCUGGAGAAGCUACAUUCACCAUUGUAUUAGCAAGGGAAGUGCUGAACCGAAACACCUUACCAAUGACUUCAUUGAUGGCGAUAUCAAGGAAAUCUCAAGAUUCCAAAGGACAGAAUACCUGGAUGAGAGCAGCACUCAGUCAGUUAUGUUCGAUACAGAGAACAACAUUGAUGCUAUUCUCCAAGAACUACAAGAGGAGCAAAACAGGGCACACUACACACUACUGGAACGAAAGAGACUAUACGAUAGUGCCAAAGUUGAAAGAGAUGCCUUGUUGCAGUUGUUGAGAGAGCAGCCCAAUGUGUACAAGCGAGGUGAAUUGGUCAUGGAGAAACAUAAUGCAGGUUAUAUCAUUCCAUUUGACAACCCAACUAACCACAUUAUCAUCAAAGGUAGAUGUAACCUCGGCAAGUCCUUCAGUGGUGAUGAAAUGGUGGCCGAAGUAGUUCCUUGUGAGGGUAUUCCACAAGGAAAAGUGUUAGGCACCAUCAAGGCAGCUGAAUCCCGUCGUGUGUUUGCUUGUACCCUUGAAGUUGAAGAUUACCAGAAACCCAAAACGAAGACUGAAUAUCAAUUCCUCAGAAAAAUGAUGGUACCACUCAACACAAACACCACCAAAAUAUGUACCUUGGUCAGCAAGAAGAGCCACAAUUUAAUUCCAAUAUGGAAGCACAAUGAUGGAGAAUGGGAGAUUGUCAGAUAUCAUCAACUUGAUAAAGAAAUCAAACGCAAUCAUGUAUUUAUGGUGGAAGUGUUUUGCUGGAAAACGAAAAUAGAAAACAAAGGAAACUAUGCCUAUCCGUUAGGGAAGGUGAUAGACAUUCUUUCCAUAGGAUCACCUUUGGAGGAGGGCUUAAGGAUUUUGGAUGCAGAAUUUAAUGUUCAACCGUUGCCUCCCAGCCAUGUUUUAGCUGAACCAUGUACCUGGAAAGACACCCAAAAUAGUAACAGAAAGGACCUCCCGAAAGUUUAUUACUUUCACUGUUGACCAAAAGAAAUCCCUAGACUUGGAUGAUGCAAUCAGUGUCAUUGACAUGGAAAGCCAUUAUGAGGUUGGAGUCCACAUAGCAGAUGUGGCAAGUUUCGUGAAUCUUGGCGGUUCAUUGGAUGAUGCUGCACAAAAACAUGGUGCAACAUUUUACAGCCCUAGAGAAGAACCUGUUUACAUGUUCCCAAAACCAGUUAGCAUCUACCACUUGAGUCUCCUGCCUGGUAUAGAUCGAAAGGUAGUUUCGUUAAUGGUAAAAGUGGACAAGGCAACACACAAAUUCACCGAAAAGAAAUUCCAGUUUUCGCAAAUCAAGUCCGAUAGAAAGUUGUCUUAUGACGAGGCAGAGGACAUCAUCAGUAAGUGGUCAGGAGAAGAGGCCAAGUUUGAUACUUUAGAAGACUGUGUUUCUGUGGCAUAUCGUUUUGCCAAAGUCCAAAGGAAGGCCAGGCUUGGCAAGGAUUGGAGCUAUAGACAAUUGGACGAUCACCAGAAGCCAGGGAAGAGGAGAUCCAGUCAGAUGAUUGAGGAGCUUAGUGUACUGUUCAACCAUUCUGUGUCUGAAUUUUUGAUCAAUGCAAAUGAAACCAUGUUCUGCACUCCACUCCGAUGUCAAGUAAGCCCUGACCCUGAAAUGUUAGAAGACUUGAAAGAGCGAUACAAAGACAUCAUACCACUGUCCUUACACCUGAGGCACAACCUUGACCGUGACAUUCAACUUGACCAGGAGGCCAUGGAGAGCAAAAGCUUCUACGUGCUAACAUCAAUAUGGAAUGAGAUCCUGUCAGCUGCCAAGAAAGAGGAAGUUGACACUGACACAAUGAUUGAUCUGAUUGGUACAGAUGACAUCUACCCCCAGCUCCUUCCAGUGAUAUAUGAGUUUAGGAAGUGUCUUGACGAAGCCUACGUCAUCCGCUCCAAUUCAUCCCGGGAAAAGGUUGGGCACUAUUCCUUAAAACUUGAGUCAUAUACACAAGCAUCCUCGCCCAUACGUCGCUAAAAAUUUACAUUAUCCUGCAAAGGCUUUUGCAUUCAGUCCUAAGCGGCACUCUGGUCCAAUAUUCUCCACAGGAGAUUGACAUUCUGUGUCAGAAGAUUGAAGACAGCUACAAGAAGGCCAAUGAUUAUGAAAAGAAGGCUGCGAUGAUAUCUUUCGCCAUCAACAUGAAGAAACAAAAUUCUCUGAAGCUAGUAUUUGUUGUUGGUGUAGCAGCAGGAGACAGUUUCAAGCUGUCAUUUCCGUUCGACAGGCACUCUUUUCCAGAGUGUUUGCCUGUUAGGUACAGAGAUUUGCAACCGAAGGAUCAACCACUGUACGAUUCAAGUGAGAACCAAAUGACUCUGACAUGGAGAAGACGAGUGUACUCAAUUGACACUGCCAAAAUUCACCAAGAGCUAAAAAAGGUGCAAAGUUCAGCUGCCUGCAUCAAGCAAAACAAAAGACUUGGCAAGCCAUUGUUAAUGAAAUGGGCCAUGAAAAAUGGAACAUAGCAAGGUCUCUCAUACUAGAUGCCACAACAAAGCAAACAGAAAAUGUAAAGAGUCUCUCAAAACAUGCCAAGGUGGAUUUGCUUGAAGCUGGGAAUGACUCCCAUAGAACUGCACAUGGACAAGCUGAAAAAUUUGAAAUGUUGAUCUUACCCUACAUUUGAUGCCGGGAGACACACUUCAAGUCCAAAUGACAUCUGAAGGAAAAAAAGGUUAUUGGACACCCACUGUUCAGUUGGUGUGCAUCAAACCAAUAUUUGAGGUGUGUGUAGACCAUGCCCACAGUCCUAUCACAUCUUUUUCCAAACGUGCAGACUGUCCAUCCAAGAGUGAAUAUUGCAAUGCAAGAGAGUAUGUGAAGAUCUGGCGACCACUUUGUGAGAUGGAGUCUGCAGACAAUGCUGUGGAUGAAAGUGACAGCAUAAUAAUUGAGGACCUGAAGCUGAACUUGAAGCAAGGGAAAAACAGACUGAAAGGAAGUUUCGAACUUCCACUCAAAUACAUUAAAGAAUGGGCCAUUGAAUGCGACCUUAGCAAGUGCUUUCUGUGCAUCCGAAAAAGGGGAUUGAAACUGACUUCAAUCCCUGACCAAUCAGAGGAAGUAGUCGACCCUAAGAAUUACACAUGGGUGGCACAUGGUGUUUACAACCAACUUUGAAGAACCAAAAAACAACCAAAAUCAAGCCAGAAAAGUGCACUUCUACAUCAACCACUUGCCAAUGGAUACCAUUCCAGAGUGUGUCUACCAGAGAAAGACAACAUACACGGUUGAGAUAAUCCCAAAGCUUCUGACAGACGUGCAAGUAUUAAAUUAGUAUGCAAAAAAAAGAGAUUGAACAAUUGUCAUUGAACAAAUGUAUUACCGUUAUUAAUUAAGUCUCAUUUAAGUUGUCAAAAUGGUGCUUCAAAUGUAACUACCAUUUUUAGUAAAUACCUGGUCAUUGCUGCAGUUAAAUAUAAAGUAAUACUCACAUUUUAAAAUAAGAUUUAUUUUUAAGUGCACUCUUUAAAAUUAGAUCAUGUAAAAAAAAAUCUCAUAUUUUUAUUGGAUGGACAUAAUGUUCCCAUAAUUAAUUCAGUAUACAUAAUGAAUGGUUGUUAACAUUUCUACUGUCUAGACGUAAAGAAAUGGCUGUGAACAACAUUGUGUCUGCAAAUGAGCUUGUUCAGAAAAUAGCCCGAGGACAACACGUUCCAAAAGGAGCUUCGCAAUCUGUUGUACCACCACGGUACCAACUCAUGAGGGAAAAGGCACCAGAGGGUCUCCCAGAGCUGAAUAAGAGUCAAAUUGAUGCAGUGGAGAAAGCUCUGAAUAACAACUUCACAAUCAUACAAGGGCCACCUGGGACUGGAAAGACUGUCUUAGGAGUUUACAUUGUGUACUGGUUCCUUGUGAUGAACUCCAAAAACCCCAGGAUAUUUGAAAAUCCGAAGGACAAGGACAAGAAAGAAGUUAUUCUCUGCUGUGGUCCUUCCAAUAAGUCUGUCGAUGUG